AUGUGUCCGACGAUAUCGACUCCCUGUCUGCGUCUCCCGGCCACGACUCUGCUAUUCAGCGUGACGCCCCCUCCGCACAACUCAGGCGGUUACAUGGUCUACCCGUCGUCCAAACUGACAAAGUCUCCCUUGCCACCCUUUUCGUUCACCCGGAGAUCUCCCGCGGUUUCUUCUGAUAUCCUGCCCGCCUACGACACUCUGUCCGACGGCUGCCACACACCCAGCCCUGACAGCUUCCGAUCGGUGACUCCGGAAAUGGUUGAUCUCCAGAAACACUACACAACCUUGUUGUCCGCCGAAGCCCCCCAACCGACUGGUCGACCCCCAGCUGCAUUAUCCUGCCAACACUUCUCCGGAAUCUUACAAAGUCUCCAACCCGUUCAUGAACGUCUUCAUGUACGCCCAGAAACAACAGAGACUAGCGGGAAAGACGUCAACCCAACAGUGAUGAAGAAGAGGAGAUUGGCUGCCAACGCGAGGGAACGCCGGAGGAUGCAGAACUUGAACAAGGCCUUCGACAGACUAAGGACCGUUCUUCCGUCCCUUGGCAACGACCGGCAACUCUCCAAAUACGAGACCUUGCUGAUGGCUCAGACCUACAUCAACGCGCUUCAACGAUCUGCUACAGUAAAG